AUGGCGAGCUCAUCAUCGGGAGGCGGAGGUGGAGGUGGAGUUCCGCCCGGAUUCCGGUUUCACCCGACAGACGAGGAGCUUCUACAUUUUUAUUUGAAGAAGAAAGUCUCCUUUCAAAAGUUCGAUAUGGAGGUCAUCAGGGAAGUCGACUUGAAUAAGAUUGAACCCUGGGAGCUACAAGAGAGGUGUAAGAUUGGGUCAACACCUCAGAACGAAUGGUACUUUUUCAGCCACAAGGACCGGAAAUACCCGACAGGGUCGAGGACAAACCGAGCUACUGGUGCUGGGUUCUGGAAAGCAACUGGCAGAGACAAAUGCAUAAGGAACAGCUUGAAGAAGAUUGGGAUGAGGAAAACACUGGUGUUCUAUCGUGGUAGGGCUCCCCACGGCCAAAAAACUGACUGGAUCAUGCACGAGUACCGCCUUGAUGAUGAUGAUGACAUGACUCAUGACCCAACUGCCACUACUGCAGAAGACGGAUGGGUUGUUUGUCGAGUAUUCAAGAAGAAGAAUCUGUUCAAAGUUGGCAACAGUAAUGGCAAUAGUAGUAGUGGGAUGUCAAUGAUGGUGAUGAUGAACAAUGUUAAUACUAGUCAUGCUUAUGAUGAUGGUGAUGAUGCAGACCUCAAUAUGAGCACUUCUUCUAUAUCUAUUGCUGCUGCUGCAACCGAAUCCCGAUCCCUCUUCACCCAUAGAAACAGCUGCAGCAACAAUAUUGAUAAUAUCAAUCACUCCACUCCAUCUCCAUAUUUGUUGCACUCUCAUGAUCAAAAUAUUAGUUAUACUGAUCACAAUAAUACCAUUAUACCCUUAUUGCCCCCAUAUCAUCAAUAUCCACAGCAGCAGCUUGAAUCCCAGAAUUUCAUCGUUAAUAAGCCAUUGAUGCUAAGUAGCUCCACUCAUCAUCAUAAUUUCGGUAUUGCGACGACCACUACAACAAGCCCGAGUAAUACCAUUAAUGCAGGUAAUUACGAUAAUGGGAGCAGUAAUUGUAUGCAGGUUAAACAGUUCAUAAGAGAAGAUUGCUGCGAGAGUGCAAUAAGUCCUGCAGGUAAUUACCAAGCUCCACAGCCCGCAAUAUUAGAAUGCAAUAAGCAGCCCACAUCAGACGAUCAUCCGAAUUUCAACGAAUGCCUUAUUGAGAUCAAUGCACCUACAACCCGACAUCACCAUCAGGAAUCCAAUAGUACAAACUCCUCCUCUAUCAACCAAAACAAUCCAUUAUCUCUAAGGAAUGAGACUGACUUCUGGGCUUAUGCCAAGUAG